CUGAGGAGCAAAGCAGGAUGGUGUAGUUUACUGAGAAGCAGAAGACUUCUGUGAGAGCUAGACCGGAUGCCAACCUGCAGGAAAAGAAAUAUGUUUGUGCAAGACAGCUGUGUGCAGACAAACUGUGAAUGCUGACAUGUCCCAGUAAAAACCAGCUGAAGAAUGUGGUCAGGACUGGCUCUGAAAAUGAGGGUUCAGCUGACGGAUCGUCAAUGCUAUCCGCUGUUACAGUAACACCAUCUCCCACUACGGGUUCUUCAAGUCCAGAUGACCACGAGCCAGUACUCGUCACCGCGAGAGCUACUGAAAGCAGUUUUGAAACAAUAAGUACUUCAAGUACCGAAUUGAAUGCCGUGAACAAUCAGGACAGCCUAGAAGCGGCAGAACACUCUAUCUUGUUAUACAUUGUCCCCAUCGUGCUGCUGGUCCUGCUGAUUUUGCUGAUCAUAUUUUUCGUAAUACGUCAUAAAAGGAAAAAGUCUAAGCAAGAUGAGCUGGGAAGCGAAAAUGUGAAAAGUCCUAUUUUCGAAGAAGACACACCCUCUGUUAUGGAGAUAGAGAUGGAAGAGCUUGAUAAGUGGAUGAACAGCAUGAACAAAAAUGCUGACUGUGAAUGUUUGCCUACUGUAAGAGAAGAAGAAAAAGAAUCAAUUGCCAACCCAAGAAUGAAAGUUGUUCCAAAACUACUUGUCAGACGAUGUUGAAUCAUGAAGUCAGAACAGCAAAGAACUGGUUAAAGAAGCAGCGCACAAGCUAAUGAUCUCCCAGAUAUUGGAUGAACUGGAUUUAAAUAUAAUUCAUCUCAAAAGGCCAGAGAAGCAAACGCUUUUGUUGUGUCCUGCUACAUAGAGUCUUCAGAAAGGAAGCAUCACCAGGGGAAGAAAGAAAAAGAAAAAAAAAGGAAGACCACUAUAGUAAGAUUAGGGGCUGAUUUAAAUUCCUUCUGCAACAAGAUUCAUCACAAAUUAAGAUAAGCCUCUUCUUCCUUCCCCUAAAAGUUCCCCAAAUAAUCCAUGUUUCUGUCUAGUUCUUCAGCAGUGUACCACUUCUGUUCAAGUCUGGUGGCUCGCUUCAUAUUUUUUGUGGGUGGCUGUUUUGUUUUUUUAAAAAUAUAAACAUCCAUGAUUCUGGACAGCCCUGGUUUGGUGAAUGUGAAGCUCAUGCCUAUGCAAUGUUUGGUUUUCCAUUUGCUUUUUGGUAACGGUGCACUGAUUUGCACGGGGCUUCUGCUGGGGAGGUACCAGCCUGGGACUGACAGAGCAGCUCAAAAGCCUCUCAAAGGAUUUGCCAGAAGUGACUGCAGCCCAGCAAGGGCAUAGUCUUUGUAGCAUGCGUUUUCUUUUUCAAAUUAAAGGCAUUGUAGAAGUGAAAUCUAUUAUUUUGAGAUUGCCUUUCCGUUCAUUAUCUCCACAGAUUAGUGCCACGGACUAGCUCUCACCCUUUAACCCUCCUCCCCCUAACAACCACCUACUUCAGGAAUAUUUAACUUGAAAGCAUUUCUUUUUUUAAAGAGUAAGAGGUUGAAAAAUUGAACAAUUCAGUACUCACACCAAACACAAGUUUAGAUAAGCAUGUGUAAUGCAUAACUACUUGGUCAAGGUUUUCAGAUGCAGUAAGAUUUCUGCUUCUUCUCAUUUUGAAUAUUGAGCUUGUAAUAUCUGAAAGACAUGGACUUCUAAGCGUGCCUGGUCACCUUUAAUUAUAUUGAAAAAAAUCAGACUCCUGAGAUACCUCAGGGUGGGAAUAUAAUGUUGCAAUUGCAUCCAUUGAUUUUAGGUGGCAUGUCUCUUAUGGAUGUAGUUUAAAUAUUUAACACACACACAAAAGUGGAUCCUUGUCUGUGCAACGCUCCCCCCGCCUUAUUUAAAAUAUUAAAUUCAUAUCCUACCUAUCCUCAUCUUCUAUUUAAAUAUAUAAUUUCUUCCCACUCAAUACAUGCUUAACAUGAUCAGUUUUGUUUUGCCUGCAAAUAUUUCACUGAUAUGUUAUCAUGCAUAGCUUGGUUAAAGAGAGCAAAGAAACUCUGCCAGCCUCUGGGAUGACAGCUGAGUGUCACUAACAGCUGACAAAUACAGAGGAGGGUUCAGCUUUGUGAGUAAUUUUGGGAUGUGUCAAAAUAUAAAAGGAAAAAAUGUUUACAGCUAACCAUAUUGAUUCAUUACUGAAUAUGACUCAACUAGUAAUUUCCUCAAAGAAUAAAAGAUUUCUUCGUUGUUCCAAAACAAUUCAUUGCAAAUAUUGGAUUUAAUAUAUGAGAUGGUAAAUUAAUUUUCCCUGCUUGGAUGAUUUUUAGCUUUGAAAAGUGUUUUAAGUUCAUCUUUCACAACUUUUUUUAAAACAUUUCCACAUGUUCCUGACAGUAAACUCAUUCUCUAGAACAUUGAUUUAAAAUAAUGCAAUCACAAGGGGAAAAGUGAAAGACUGAAAUUUAGAAAAUUAAAAAAAAAAAUAGAAGUGCAUACUUUCUGGUAGCAGCUUUGUUAGCAACUUCCUUCCAAGAGACAAAGAUGUUAUGCUCAGACUUCCUGCGGUUUGCAAAGCAGUAACCUGGAGAUGCUCAAAACAGAACGCAUGAUGUUGGUUUGGGAUUAAUGUUAGUUCUGCAUGGUCCUUCUGCCAGAUAAAAUGCUAUACAGCUUCAAGUAAGUUUCUCAGAGAUUUAGUUCCACUUAAAGAUUUAAAUUUAACUUGAGUGAAUGUAUAUUCUGUAAACUCUUGUUAAUAAGCAUUACUUCUUAUUCCAGAGUUCAUGACCAAUCAAUCUCUCUAUCAAGCUUUAAAAUCAAUUUCACCCAGAACUAAUGUCUAGGUUAGAGCUUUAUAGAUUAGCCAGGUUAUGCCAUUUACCCUCUCUAAAAUCUGCCAUGCCAGGAAAUUUCUUCAGCUCCAGCACGGUCACUGCCUUGGCUCCUCUCCUCCCUCACCCCGGCCAGCGUUUCCCUCUCAUGCUUACUCGCAUGCCCCUUGCACUCUUGUUUGUUUUACACUUGUCAUCGGUUCUUGGUCAUUUCCUUUUACGCACACUUUAUCUCAAUCUUUUAAUCUUGUAGGUGGAUUGAAUUACAGGGGAUUUAGACCAUUUUACUCCAACAUUAGUACAGCCAAAAUGUCGUAAUAUUCCAGUUUACAAGUAUUACCUUUACACCUUCUGUUGAUGCACCUUAAUUUUCCCUAAAUGAUGCACAGUCAGGUCCUCUAACCCACAAAACAAAAAGGAGGACAACCAGGCAACAGAUAAGAUACUAGCAAAUUUUAAAAAUUAUUUUAAUAUUACCAUGCACUACACCAUAUUUAUGCCUCUGCUGUAAUAUCUUCAUCAUCAGCCUGAUCUGAGCUCACCAUCAUCUGGCAACACCUACCACCAACUGAUAACUCUAGUCAUGAUCCCUCAGUAGAAAUUGAGAAAAAGCAUGCAAACAGAAAGCCACUUGCACUAUGUAUUAUUCCAAAAUGUUUAGCAAAUGUGAUGAUACCUAAGGAACUGUUACCUCUUCUUCCAUUUUCUUUAAUUAUUUCAGUAGUUAUCCAGCACUUCAAGACAAUUCAACAUGUAAUAUACAGUGUGAGCACUUUAUCCUAUAGAAAGCAGAAGAGCUACGGAUCCAAAGGAAGAAUUGUUUGAGAAAUAUGUGGAUAAAGAGAAGGGUAAUUAAGAACCAACAUCUCUCCUACAUAGGCUAAAAAUCAGUAUCUUAAGAGAGAUUUUUUUUAACAAAAUAGAAACAACUCCUCCAUAAAGUCACAAACAUAAGGUUACUGGCAUUGCCAGCAGUUCAUUAAUACCAUAAUAGUCCUGGACUUGUAAAGCACAUAAUCCUAACAUUAACCUCAGCAAAAAAGAAUGUUGUUUUUAAGACUACCUAGAAACGAAGUCAUGAACCCAUAGAUAAUAUUGCUGAUAUGAGAUAAAAAAGUAAAUUGUUUUGCAAUGCUAAACCUGAUGGAGAGCAACUUUGUUUACUUUUUGCAUAUGAAAUUGCUGUAUGUGCAAGUGUUUUACCAAAUAGCUGUUUCAAAUGAUUUUGUAAUAUAAGUAUUUCAAAGUCAUGAUAUUACUUAAUUGCAGAUGUUUGAAAUUUCAAAGAAC